AAACUUUCCAAUCUAGUGGCUUCGCUACUGAAAGUUUGGCAAUAACUUAAGGCGGCUUCACGCAUUCUUUUUUUACGUGAUUUCCAUUAAUUAUGUAUGGAAAAUGACCACGUUUUUACAAUUAUUUUCACCAACAGAAAAUUUGCAUUGUAACACUGUUUGAAAUUGUCUUACGUUGUGUGAACCUUACUUUAGACUUUACACUGACGUCAUCACCAGUUUUCGCGCCUUUUUCGCCCAAUGACCGCAACACGCAUGCGUAAAGCGUUUAAACUGAGCAACAAUCCCAAAACGAUCUAUAGCUCUUAAGUGAAAAGUGAUUUUCCAUUUUCGAGUGAUUUCGAACUGUUUUUAACUAAAUAAACAAAGAUUUUCUCUAGUUGGAAGCACCAGUUGACACCAGUCGUUUGUGGCAAUGUCUGAAAUAAAAACUUUCGUUUUUUUCGACUUGGAAACCACCGGUUUGCCCAAGUUUGAAGAGAACAGGACCCGAAUCACCGAAUUUUGUGCAGUGGCAGUUAGAGCAGAUCAUAUUGGACUGCAGACUGCACAGAAAUGUAAACUUCCAAGAGUUCAAAGUAAAUUAUCUUUGUGUUUCAACCCUGCGAGGGCCAUUUGUCCUCAAGCCACCAAACUAACCGGGCUCAGCAAUGAAUUACUGGAACACCAGGCACACUUUUCGAGUCAAACCUUGAAUGUGAUAAAAAACUGGUUAGAUGUAAAUGAAAAACCAAUUUGUUUGGUUGCACACAACGGAAACGAGUUUGAUUUCCCAAUUCUGAGGGCAGAGAUCGAAAACACUGGCGAAAAUCUCCCCGAGGAUAUUCUCUGUCUUGAUUCCAUUAUCGCAUUUAAAGAGAUUGAUACUUUAGAGGGAGGGGCGGUAAUAAAUCAACCAAAUGAAAUAAAAAUACGAAAAAUUGACACGAGUUAUAACUUGGGACAUGUUUUUAAAAGACGCCUUUCCAAAAGACCACUCAAUGCCCAUGGGGCUGAAGGCGAUGUAAACAUGCUACUCGCUUGUGCGGCAGAUUAUGGCCAAAAAUUCGUCAAAUUUGCUAACGGGAAUUCGACAAAAUUCUCGCAAAUGCCAAUUAUGAAACCAAAGUUUUGAUUUUUACGACAUUUUCAUUAACACAAAAAUGUUUUUUAUGCUUUUAUAAUAACUGAUUAAAGAAUGUUGCAACUUA